AUACGAAGCUCGCGCGAUGACGCAACGAAUGCCUCCAAACCUAUCCCAACAAGACUCGUCCCUACAGAACUGCUUGGUACUCCUGCGCGCCGUUUGGCAGCGGGAGUAUGAACAGGUAUACAAGAUUCUUAGAGAGCUGCCGUGGUCCGAGCCACUGAAACAAGUGGUAAACAGCUUUGAAACUCAUUUCCAGGAAAAAACGCUCAAAGAGGUCAGCGGGGCCUACGAGGCGAUUCGACCGGCAGCGGCUGCCAGUUACCUCGGCCUGGACCCAGACUUGGCGGAGAAGGGAGAUCCGGCCAUUAUACAGAAGUUCACAGCCCGUGGAUGGACAUGGGACGAAAAUACUAUGCUCCUUCGCCCGAAACCUAUCCCCACGGCCCUUGAAACAGACGGCGAUCUCCAAAAUGGGCUGGACCAGAUCAUGGCGUUAAUCGGCAAGCAUGCAGCUUAAAGCGGAGAAUAGGUUCCGACACCAUGACAUCCGAUCAAAACCCAGGCUACCAUUCUGAUGGCGAAUCAAGGAGGUACCGGCGCCAACAAAGAUGGCUUAAUGCCACUGAAGGGAUAGGCCCUAUUACUCGACAAUGGCCCCGAUGACCUUACAGAUUACAGAGCUACAUGUGGGGGAAGGCUGUGAUGUUCCAAGGGCGCGCACGGGACAAAGAGUUCAGCAACGACACGGCAGCAUACAACAGAAUCACUUGCUCUUCUGGUCCAACUGUAGUGUACAGAUGCACGGCAGCCCAGGGUAUGUACAAGACUCGGAGAGAAUCUCUAAACGAAGUAAAAAGCAAAAAAGAAAAAGAAAAAACAUCAUUCCUUUCGCUCGCAAGGACACGACUCGGGGAAAUUAGACCAAACAAUAAUACA